AAAAUGUUCUGGAGUACAAUGGCGAUAGAGGAGCGGGAGAUCGAUGUCAAGUUAAACUCUGAAAAUCCAAAAUUGGAAUCUAUUCUCAAUGAUGUUCAUUGCCUUCAAGAAAUAAGAAAUUCAAACGGACAGCUAAUGGACUUUCUCAAGCAAGAAGAUAAUCUUCGAAAACUCAUUAUGGCGAUAAUCACUCCAGUUGAUGAGGAGGCCGAUGAACAGUCUUUAAAAAGCGAAUAUAGAGUUAUCUCUCAAUGCUGUGAAGCUUUGUGUGUCGGGGCUAGGGAAUUUUAUCCUGAAUUUGAAAAAUACCCUCAGCUUCUUGAAGAGCUUGCAGGCUUUUUGGACAAAAAUCAUGCACGCCUUAAUCCAUUGGUUGCCAGCUUUUAUAGCCGUGUGGUCGUUUGUUUUCUUUCUACUGAACCAGAGAAGUUUCUAGAUAUACUUGAGAAAAGUAAUUUUAUUGAGAGUUGUAUGAACGGUCUGAAGUUUUGCUCUCUUUUUGAACUUCUUUGUACUUUCAUGAAUUGUACACCCGAUCCGUCUAUCCGCGAUAGAAUUAAAAGGUGGUAUGUCGAUAAGGGGUUUCCUCAAAAGCUUUUAUGGCUUCUUUCUGCUGAACAACCAUCCUAUGUUCAUGAAAAUGGAGCUGCUUUAUGGGUAGAAUUUAUUAGAGCAUUACGCGAAGUCCAGUAUAACGUUGAACAGACUUUUGGUUUGAAUUUUUAA